AAGCGAUGUUCUGGCGGCAUUGGGCCGGACCGCGAACUUGCUGCUCUUAAGACUACCCUCCUCACUCUGGCCUCUCUCUCACUCUCUCGCUCAUGCUCACACAGGCUUUGAUCUCCCCUUAACAACAUUAACGUCACUGCAUAGAGAGCUAAAGGGAGUUCUGUUGGGGAGAGCGACGUUUGGCAGCCUCCAGAGGGCUUACUCAGCGGUAGCAGCGAGCAGCAUCCGCGGAACGUCUGGUAGCGAAGCGCUUCUCCGUAUCCACCGAAAACCGAAAACCCCGGCAAUUCUACAGACAUGGAACACCAGCUGCUGUGUUGCGAGGUGGAGAGCAUCAGAAGAGCCUACCAAGAUGCCAACUUGCUCAAUGACAGAGUUCUACAGACAAUGCUAAAAGCCGAGGACAAUUACCUUCCCUCUGCAAAUUACUUUAAAUGCGUUCAGAAAGAUAUCGUGCCUUACAUGAGGAGAAUUGUUGCCACGUGGAUGCUGGAGGUCUGCGAGGAGCAGAAAUGCGAAGAGGAGGUUUUCCCCUUGGCUAUGAAUUAUUUGGACAGAUUUUUGUCUGUGGAACCCACAAAAAAAUCCAGAUUACAAUUACUGGGAGCUACGUGCAUGUUUCUGGCGUCCAAAAUGAAGGAGACCAUCCCGCUAACUGCAGAGAAAUUGUGCAUAUAUACCGACAAUUCCAUCAGACCCAGCGAGUUACUGCAAAUGGAACUACUCACACUGAACAAACUGAAAUGGGACCUAGCCUCCGUAACACCCCACGAUUUCAUUGAACAUUUCCUGUCCAAACUGCCCAUCCACCAAGAGACCAAGCAGAUCCUCCGCAAGCACGCCCAGACCUUUGUGGCUCUCUGUGCGACAGAUGUGAAAUUCAUCGCCAGUCCGCCGUCCAUGGUGGCUGCGGGAAGCGUGGCGGCGGCGGUCCAGGGGCUGCACCUCAAGAGCACGGACAGCAUUCUGUCAUCGCAGAACCUCACCGACUUCCUGUCGCAGGUCAUCAAGAGCGACCCGGACUGCCUGAGGGCGUGUCAGGAACAGAUCGAGUCCCUGCUGGAGUCCAGCCUGCGGCAGGCCCAGCAGCAGAGCCACGGCGCCUCCACGGACACUAAGGCCGCCGGAGAUGAGGCGGACCUCUCGUGCACACCCACGGACGUGCGGGACGUGAACAUCUGAGCAAAAAGCCUGGUUGAGGCCCGGCCAUCUCCGGGGGCCUCAGCGAGAGGCUUAACCAGGGAGCUGCGCCCAGCUGCCGGCCCUCGACCGGCGCUCCCUCUCCUCCGCUCUCUCAGCAGCCCAGGGAUGUGACGUGCCCACAUUUCUCCAGGACGUCUGGGCAUCCAAGAAGGGAUUAAACGGCCCCCCCACAUGCCUAUCACCUUUGCUCCCUCUUUGUUUGGCAAAAAAAAACCAUCACGAAAAAGAAAAAAAGUUCAAAAUAACUAAGAAAAAAAAAGAGAGAAAAAACCCUAUACAUGCCACUUACAAAUAUAUGCCACAAAAACAGACAUUUCAAUCCAAGUAAAUAAUCGAGUAGUGCUUUAAACUACAGACAGUUCGUGCCGAAAAAAAAAAACAAAAACAAAAAAACAAGGAAAAGUGAAAUGAU